AGGCAGAUGCUCAGCUGGUGUAAAAUCUGGACAUUUAUUUCAGAGCAGUGUGGAUGACAGAUGUUCUGAAAAUGGGUCCUAAGGUCAGUAACUAUCAACAGAAAGAGUACCCGUUCAAAGUAAAUAUUAGAGAUAAGUUAGCAUUGCAGGCACAGUAAUAUUUAACACAAAGUGUGGACUUUUUUUUUUUUUUUUUUUUUUUAGUAGAGCAUAAACCUUACUGAUGCAUCCAGACCUACUGUAUGUUCAGGAUGAUUUGGAUUUAUUGGACCUUUAAUUUCAUUUUCUUACUUGCUUCUGUUUACAGUGAAUGUGUGAUUCAGAUCUAUGAAAAUACAUACUUCCAAGGAGGAGACCUCACUACGUUUUUUACACCGAGUGCCAAUUACUGCCAAGUAGUGUGUACUUACCAUCCUACCUGUCUGUUCUUCACCUAUUUGCCAGCAACAUGGACUAAAGAUCCCGAAAAAAGGUUCUCCUGCUAUUUAAAAGACAGUGAUACAGAAAUGCUGCCAAAAGUGGAAAUGGAAGGAGCUAUCUCUGGACAUUCCUUAAAACAGUGUAACAUCCAAAUUACUGCUUGCAGCCCAGAUGUCCAUGUAGGACUGGAUAUGGAAGGGAAUAUUUAUGAUAUUGCUACGGCUGACAGCUAUCAAGAGUGUCAAAAAAGAUGUACCAAUGACAAGCAUUGCCAUUUUUUUACAUAUGCCUCUGAAACAUUUCACGAUGCAAAGUUUUGUAAAAAAUGCUUCUUGAAACAUACCAGUGUAGGAACUCCAACCAACAUAAAGGUGCUUGAUGAGGUUGUGUCUGGAUUCUCUUUGAAGCCAUGCCAGCUUUCUGAAUUAGAUUGUCAAAUGGACAUUUUUGAUGAUCAAGAGUUUUCAGGAACUAAUAUUACAAGUUUUUUCACUCCUGAUAUUUCUGUCUGCCAAACUAUUUGCACGUAUUUUCCAAAGUGCUUGUUCUUUACAUUCUUUACCAGGAAAUGGGAAAUAGAAUCCCAAAGAAAUCUUUGCCUUCUGAAGACAUCAACAAGCGGGAUACCAGAGGCACUUAUAUCACGAGAAAAUGCUGUAUCAGGCUUUGGUCUCCUAAACUGCAGAAGAUCUUUUCCUGCCUGCAAUUCUCGCACUUACACGCAUAUGGAUUUUUUGGGAGAUGAACUUAAUGUCACUUAUACUAAAGGACACAGAGCCUGUCAGCAAGUUUGCACAGACGUGAUCCGCUGCCAAUUUUUUACGUACUUUCCCCUCCAAGAUUCAUGCAAUGAGGAAAGAAAGUGUGAGUGUCACCUAAGAAUGUCCUCAAAUGGAUCUCCGGUGAAAAUAGUGCAUGGGCCAGGAAGGAUCUCUGGAUACUCACUGAGAUUAUGUAAAAAAAAAGCCAGUACUGUGUGUAUGCAGCAUUCUGCAAGAACUAUUCGGAUCGUUGGAGGAACAGACUCUUCCCCUGGGGAAUGGCCAUGGCAGGUCAGCUUGCAUGUGAAGUUGUCUCGUCAGAGACACCUGUGCGGGGGCUCUAUCAUCAGCAACCGGUGGAUUCUCACAGCUGCUCACUGUGUCACGAGUCUUGCGAAUCCCAACAUUUGGCGUGUUUAUGCUGGUAUUUUAAAACAAUCAGAAAUAAAUGAGGAUACACCUUUCUUCAGAGUGGAAGAGAUUAUUGUUCACCCUCAGUAUAAAUAUGCACAGACGGGAUAUGACAUUGCCUUAAUGAAACUUGCUAAGCCUAUGAAUUUUACUGAUCUUCAACUACCUAUUUGCCUGCCAUCAAAAGAGGACACUAACAUAUUUUAUACUGACUGUUGGGUAACUGGAUGGGGUUACAGAAAAGAAAAAGGUCGAGUACAAGAUAUUCUCCAGAAGGCUCCCAUUCCCCUCAUGUCAACAGAGGAAUGCCAGGCAAGGUACCGGAAGCGCAGAAUAGGUGACAAAGUCAUCUGUGCUGGCUACGAUGAAGGUGGAAGGGAUGCUUGUAAGGGAGAUUCGGGAGGGCCACUGGCAUGCAGGCAUGAGGAAGUGUGGUAUCUGGUGGGCAUCACCAGCUGGGGCGAAGGGUGUGCUCGCCCCAGGCAGCCGGGAGUCUACACCAAAGUUGCUGAGUAUUCAGACUGGAUUCUAGAAAAAACUUCAUAGCAUGAGCAUUACUGACUCACUCCAAGUGAUGUUGUAGAAUAACAAUCCUAAGAGGAAUGUGAUGAAGCAUAUUAGUGUUUUUUAAAUGGUGUUUCUCGUUAGCCUGGAGUGUAAAAGUCUUGAUUUGAAAAGCAGAAAAGCACCAAUGAAUGAAUUUUCCUAUUACUAAAUAAAAAGCACUAAUAAAAA